AUGCAGGCACCGCUAAGCUUUCUGAUGAGAAUCUUCUCUUUAUUUUUCUUCCUCAAUACGGGCUGUGUUUCAUCAACAAUCUCGGGAGGACUGGAGGACAACGUAGGAACCGGACUAAAUUCAACAUUCUGCCUUUGUCGAAUGGACGACGUGUUUCUCAGUAUUCGGUCAAAUUCAUUCCAUCGAUGCGUGUCAGAUGAUGGUCGGUGCAAUGGAGCCAAUAAUCCAAGCCUGUCAAAUAUCUCGACCCUUGACUCGAACGAUAGCAAAUCACCCUCCAACUCCCCUACGGAAAUAAUUACACAUUAUACAGGAAAAAACCCCGUUCGCGUGAUAGUUGGAUCGAAUAAAACAAAAAAAAGCAAAAAUCGCCAAAAAACAUUUCUGGAUGAUUCUAAGUAA